AUCUGUGGCAAUGGUUUGUAAAAAUCCACAGAUUUAAUUUAUAGUGGAUUUAGUAGAUGUAAAUAAAAAUCGUAAAGGGAAUCAAAUUGUUUUGAAUUUGUCCUGUAAAUCAACAUAAUUCUCUAAGAGUUUAAAAUCUAAACUCACUAUGGAUAACAUCAUCAACGAUAUAAUAAUGGGAAAAGCCAGAACGGCUGGCGAUGGUAUGGAAUCUGAAGAAAAUGCAAUGGAGGCAAAGGUAAACAAACCUAUUUCCAAUGUGUCACACAAGAAAAAGGACUCUUUAUGUAAAGGUCGACUAAUUCAAGUCUAUGCUACCAAAACUUUUGUUGCUGAUAAGAAAAGUCCACACAUUUAUUCUAAAACACCCAAAUUUGUGCCUUAUGAACCAUAUCCAGCUGCAGUGAAGCCAAUAAAUCCAAAAUCUGUUUUAAAAACAACUAAAAAGUCUAGAAAUCAUAUGGAUUUAAAUACACUUGUGAACCAAAUGUCACAAAUGAAUACAAACCUUAAUGAAUUUAGACCUAGACUAAAACAUUCAACUUUAAGUAACGAUAAAGUUGAGGAGAAGCCAACUUAUACUGAUGAAAUGCAAAAAAAGGUUGAGGAUUUAAUGAGAGAGAAUGAAAGUUUAAGUGAACAGCUAAAGCAACAAGUACAGGUAAACAAAGAAUUGAAAACUAUGCUUGUAGCAUCUAUGGGAGAAGAUCUUGAGACUCAAGUCCAGUCAUUAACGGAAGAUAAAAAACAUUUGGCUGAUGCAUUACUUAAUUCAGCGCAACAUUUGUCUACUCACCAAGAACAAACAGAAUGGCUUGCAGGUCAAUGUGAAGUAUGGAGAAGCAAAUUUUUAGCAAGCAGUUUGCUAAUUGAAGAAUUGGCCGCUUGCAAAAAGAUACUUAAUGAGAAAACUGUAAAUUUACAACAAGGAAUCAAACAAUUAUUGGAUGAAAGAUGCAGAGUUAGAGACAUGAUGCUCUGUACAUACAAAAAUCUAUACAGUUUACAUGAAAAAUGGUUGGAAAACAUUACUGUCUCUGAAUAUAUGGGAAGCAGUAAACUUUGUAAUCGGCCCAUUGGCAAUCUCAACUUCAAUGCUACAAUGCCACACUCGACUAAUGUCAUUGACAUGUCAUCAGUAAAUAUGAAAUUAUCGGAAAAUAUUAGCAGUGAUGUGUGCAAACAAGAUAUUGCACAUUUGGAUAAUUUACCAUCUAUCACUGAUGGUGAGAAAUUUGCUGAACAGGUAAUGGCAAUGCCAGUGGAUAUAAAACAAUUGAGUGAAGAGCCAGUUUCAACAGUGCAACAAUUGAGUGGUAAUAUCGCGCCACCCGUCGCCUCUUGCGUUCAUUGCAAUGGAAAAGUGCAAUUAUUAUAAUUAGUUAAAUUGUCUAAACCAUAAUGAACUUACGUGGGCAACACACGCGCCAUUUAGUAUUGUGUCUUCUACAGCAAUAAUUUUUCCUAUAUAUAGAUGUGAGGGAAAUUUGAAAAAGGAUUUAAGAUCUUCCAUAAUAUUAUAUCCAUUAUCCUAUCCAUUUUUGUAUGCUCCUGUUUUUUUAUAGAACAUAACUAAGGUAUUAAGGGAGAUAAUUAUAAUUGCCUGUAAAAAAAGACUGUAUAGAUGUUAUACGCUGGAGAAUAUACAUUACCAAAUUCAUUGUAUUACAUUAAUUUUUACUAGCUUCAAAAAUAGUGAAUCUUGUGUCAUAAAUCUUAUUACAAUUCGAAAAUCCUUAUUAUCAAUAAUAUAUUUUGCACAAAAUAAUUAUUAUUAAAUCAUUUUUCUCCUUUACAUUCUUGU